UGUAGUUUUUUUUUCUCUCUCCAAAACAUCGGUUCAACAUGGCGUCGAAUGCGAAUGCUAGCGAAUAUUUCGUGAGAGAAAUUGAGAACAACGACGGUUGCACUCUGAAGGUGAAGCAGUGUUAUGUCGGGGACGUCGGCUGUGUAGUUUGGGAUGCAGCAAUUGUCCUAGCGAAAUAUUUAGAAACCAAACAAUUUUAUGACCCGCCGUCAGGAGUCAACGUGUGGUCUGGCAGGCGUGUUGUUGAGCUGGGAGCUGGGACAGGAGUUGUUGGUUUGAUGGCAGCAACACUCGGAGCACAAGUUAUUGUCACAGACCUGGAGGAACUUCAGAAACUCCUGAAAGUGAAUAUAAAAGACAACCAAGCCCUUGUUAGUCGUGGAUCUAUAACUGCCAAGGUACUAAAAUGGGGAGGUGAUGUGUCCGAGUUCCUGCCUCCCCCUCGUUAUGUCCUCAUGGCAGAUUGCAUCUAUUAUGAGCAGUCAAUCGUUCCUCUGGUUGAGAGCCUGAAACUGCUUUCAGGACCAGAGACUUGCAUUAUCUGCUGCUAUGAGAAACGCACCGAAGGAGUCAAUCCAGAAGUAGAAAGGAAGUUUUUUGAGUUGCUGCAACAAACCUUUAUCUGUGAGAAAAUCCCCUCUGACAAACAAGAUCCAGAGUUUAGCAGUCCAGACAUUCACAUUCUGCAUAUCUGUAAAAAAUGUUAAUUUUUCAAUCAUCUUUUUUUUUCCUUUUUCUUUUGUGGGAUCUUCAUAAUGCCACAAAAACACAAAAAAUGGCAUUUUUACAUAUGAAAUACAACUGUUUUAUAAUGUUGUGAAUUGAUACCUAUUAUGCAUAAAUAUUGUUUACCUUUUAUGAUUUUGUUUAGGUUAUUUCUAUUUAAAAUGCAAAAACAUUUGAAAACCAUUAACAAGGCUUUUGAAUUUUGACAUUUCCUAUUUUGAGCACUAGAUGGCAAUAUUUAUUUAAAACCUAUUUGACAUAAAUACACUUACUGGUAAGUAAAAAGCUUUUUACUUUAUUUCAUGAUCAAAAUCGCAUUAUUCAAGAUGAUGUCAGGCAAAGCAGAAAACAUAAUGUAUUUAUGUGUCACUCAUUUGUUUAUGGUACUCACCAGGUUUUAAUAAUUAAAGAAACUACUGCAUGCUGGCCUGUGCCUGUAACGUGUGGGGAAUUCCAUUCAAAGCCCCAGAUUAAGAGGACGAUUAUAGCUCUUUUUGGAGCAUAAAACCGUUAAGUACUCCCACAGGCAUGCAGAGGCCCCUCACAGCCCUUCAUGUUGCCUUCUGUUUACACAGUGGAGCUGUAGCAUAAUGUGCAGAACUGCCUCCAGAACUCAAACAAAACAAAACAAAAAAAGGCAUCAUUAAGGCCAAAAUUUACAGGGUGGAUCGUAGUAUUACCAUUAAUUGCACUAUUUUCUCUUUUAAGAAGAGAACGUGUUCAAAAUUUGACCAAGUGUUGGUGAAAAUGAUCCAUCCUUCCUUAUUGAGACUUGAUCUGAGCGCUAAGCUGCUGUGACAAGAAUAUCUAUUUUAUUGUUUAGUUAAGAAGAAAUGACAAAAGUGCAAAAGGUGUAGUUUUGAGUAAGGGAUUACAAUCAAGGUGAAUAUCCUGAAAACAUACAUGUCUAAACUCUAUCAACUCAAUAUAAACUACACCUUAACUGACUUUAAGUUGAGUUAAGUUAAGUUGUGCUUAAUGUUCCACUUCAGUCAUCUUUUGACCUAUUUUAAAGGUUCCAGUGGUCUUUUCAUUUUUAUUAUGCCAUUUUUAGGCAAAAACAAAAGACCUGUGUUGUUUUCUGGGACAUAGUUUCAGAGUGGGUCUUUAAAACAACUCUUGUUUUCUUACUAACUGUCUUAAUUAACCAAGAUGUUCUUACAGUAAAAGUCCCAUCAAUUAUCGUAUA